AUGAUCCAAGUUGAGGUACUUUUUUCAAUACUAUUUGGCUUGGUGCCGUUCAAUCGUACGGAAUUUGACUCAAAUCUCAUUGUGGACUAUAGCAUCGUACUUGUUAUGCCAGUUUUCUACGUCUUUUGCUACUAUUAUGUCAACUUUCACCCACAAAGCAUCUUUAAAUUGACCGAAUGCAACAGUAUUUGCAACUUUAGCGGUAAACUGCUGAUGCAUUUGGGUUGCUUUUUAUAUUUAAGCAUUUAUUUUCUAACGUUACUGCGUCAGAAAAAGUUCUACAUAGAGUUUGGCAAAAGACUAUAUGAAAUCGAUGAAUUAUCGGAAAAGUGUAUCCAGUUGGUUGGUAAUCGCAAUAAGCUGUUUGUGGCAAAAACGAAGCGCUUAUUUUAUUUGACCUGGAUAAUACUAUUGGCAACAUUCGCAUUCGCAAUAUUCUUUGAUGUGAGCCAUAUUUUCGACUACUAUGGUCCAUAUUGUUUUCUAACAAAUAUGGUCUUAACAUUUCCAUAUGUUGCCGGCAGCAUAGUACAGGGUAUGUUCGCAUCCUAUGUAUCGGUGAUUUCGGAGCGUUUCUCCACGCUAAAUGUGCUCUUCGAAAAAAUCAAUCAGGAAAGUGAGAAGAAGAAUUCACCGAUUGCCGUUAUGGAUAUUGAAAGUGAUACUAGAAAGGACAGCAGCAGAGGUCCAGCAAUUAUUAGUGAAUUGUCAAAGCGAAAAACAGCUGGUUUGCAGCAGAAAAACGCAAAAUUAGAUGAUUUGAGCAACAAUGAUAGUGAUUUCGCUGAGGAGGAUGACUCGGCAGAUGAUGCGUAUAGCUUUGGGGAAUAUGAUGAGACGCGCUCAAGUGAUGGCAAGACCUCCGAAAUAAAUUUGCCCAGCCUCUUUAAAUUACACGACAAGAUACUCUCACUGAGCGUUUUGGUGAAUGCGGAGUUUGGCGCCCAGUGCGUACCUUAUAUGGCGGCCUGCUUUGUUAUCACCAUAUUCGGCAUAUUUCUAGAAACCAAGGUCAUGUUUAUUGUUGGUGGCAGAAACGAACUCAUGGACUAUGUGAUCUAUCUCUAUGUCAUAUGGAGUUUCACCACCAUGAUGGUCGCUUACUUCGUUUUGCGUUUAUGCUGCAACACGAAUGCGCACUCCAAGCAAUCGGCCAUGAUCGUACACGAGAUUAUGCAGAAGAAACCGGCCUUUAUGCUGGGCAAUGAUAUCUACUAUAAUAAAAUGAAGGCGUUCACAUUGCAAUUUCUACAUUGGGAGGGUUACUUCCAGUUCAAUGGCAUUGGCCUGUUCGCGUUGGAUUAUACCUUCAUCUUCUCGACGGUGAGCGCGGCCACUUCCUACUUGAUUGUGUUGUUGCAAUUUGACAUGACAUCGAUUUUGAAAUUAGAGGGUCUUACACCGAGAGUAUUGACACCAGAUGCAAACGCAGCGGCAGAUAAUUCUUAA